GGGCGGCGGGGUGCUGCCAGCCGGGCCAUGCCGUGUCGGGCGCCGCUCCCCUCCCUCCUCCUUCUCCUCCUCCUCGGCUCGGUCCGGGCCUCGGGCGCAGAAUCUUCUCCCCAUUUACCGGCACCAAAGGAUGUGAUGGUUUAUUCCUAUAACUUUCAUAGUUCACUGAGGUGGUCUCCUGUUAAAGUGGAUAGAGGCUUGGUGUUAUAUACAGUCCAUUUUAAAACAGGGGCCUUUAACCAGUGGGAUGAGAUGAACUGCACCCGUAUCACCCAGACUGAAUGCAGUUUCCCCAUGUCACUUAAGGAGCGGCGCUGGACUGUUGUUUUGCGUGUGAGGGCUGAGCUAGGGCAAGUGACUUCUGACUGGGUGGAAACAGAUCCGUUCGUGGCAGAGAGAAACACUACUAUAGGGCCCCCUAAAGUGAACAGCGUGAUUGAAAGCUCUGACUCACUUCUCAUUAGUGUCACACCACCUUUUGGAUCUGAAGCAGGUGACGUUCUUCAGUAUCAUGUGUCCUACUGGGAGAACGCAACAAGUACUACUAAAAAAGAGACAAAGACGAGCAAUACACUAUUCGAAAUCAGAAAUCUAAAGGAAUUGACACUUUAUUGUUUUAGAAUUCAAGUAGAAUUGAUGAUACAUUCAGAUCUCAAGUUACUUGGACUGCAAAGUGUCCCAGAGUGUUACAGAACUAAAAUCAGUGAGGCAACCAGAGCUGGAUAUAUUGUAGUAAUAUUUGUGUUUAUGUUACUUUUUGUAAAUCUGGUAACAGUUGGUUUGAUUCUUCUGUGGAGACACCACAAAACAAUUAAAUAUUGGUCUCAGCCACCUUUAGAAAUCCCAUCACACUUCGAAGAGUAUUUGAAGGACCCUAGCAUGCCGGUUUUAGAGGUGCUGGACAAUUGCGUCGAGGACGAUCCCUUAUCGUCAUCUGUGUUAUUUUGUGGGGAAGGAAGCCAAGCCUGUGGCAGCAGUUUGGAUGGUCAAGCUCACUCACACAGCAUCUCCAGCGAGAGUGAAGUAACUUAAGCGGCGCCCUAGUGCGAGUGCCUGUACCAAGUCUUUGCAGAGGCUGCCGCUCAGGAGCGGUGCUGUGUGGCUGCUGGCAGGACAGAUGACCAACUCUGGACAAAAUGCAGCCGCUGACAAAUCCUGAGCGAGACGUUGCUUCCCGAGAACAGCGUGGACCCCGAGCCUUUGUUUAAAUGGCUUCUGCCAAAGAGACUUAAAAGGUGGAACGUGAAAGGGAAAUGAACACUAAAUUGCCUAAAGAAAGACAGAUGGUUAUAUUAACAGCAUCGUAUUUCCCACCCCAAACUGAAAUAAAGCUUUGAGAAAUAAUGGCACUUUAUGGUAGGAUGUAGUACAACCUGGAAUUUUUCAUUGAGUGAAUAAUUGCACCAUGAAUUACUUUUAUAGUGGCUUUUGUUUUGUUGCCUUAUUUGUGUGUGUUAGCACUCAAUGUGUAUUAUAUCCACCCCAGUAUGCUUUUCUGAAUCAUUUUAAGUACAUGUGGUUUUGUGUGGCUUCUUCCCUCCAGAUAAAAAUGGCGGUCUAAAAAGAAAUUUUAUAGUACUUUACUCUCCUCACCAUGAACUUGUGCAAAGAACUGCUCCAAGAAAGGCCUCCUAAUAUCUGCCUCCUAACAAACACAUUCAUGAGAAGCAUUAAUCUUCUGCUCCUGCAGCAAGACAGUUGUUCUUCACAGCAAAACAAACUUUAAUUUUGCUCAGAAUUUGUAUAACAUGUAUCGGUGAUUAUGAGACACUAAAAUCUCUUGUUGACUAUCAAUCAGAUCAGUCCUGCAAAUGAAAAGUUGACUGAGGGUUGGGGUUUGAGUCACUUAAAGCAGAAGACUACAAGUUAAGCCUCACAUCACAGUCCUGUGGGGUCUGGAGGGUGUCUAAUAAAACACAAAGAACAAAUGAACCACUUCUGUACUAAAAAGGUUGUUUUUAUUUGACUUUUUUCCUGGGUUUGAUAGAAGUUGUUUAAAAAAAAAAGAAAGAAAUGUGCUUGUUUAUA